AUGCUAUCGAGUCAAAGGAAAAGGUCUGCCCCUUGGACUGAUAUACCCUGUCAAUUGCUCCUUGCCAGUUUAUUAUGGCAAUUUGCGACUGCGGGGAAGAGCGAUGCUGGUUACACAUACGAACAGCAUAUUCCGGUGACCUGUCUGAAUCGAACAAUUGAUUCUGGUGAACAUAUCACCGACAGCUUCGGAAAACUCCAGUUCAUCCCGUUUCCCACCUGCAAUGAGACCUCGAAACCCCUUGCCUUCCGGUACGGGGUGAGCGAAACGGUCAACUGUACGAUUGACACCCUCUCCGACGAGCAGUACCACCUACUGGAAUACUACGUGCACUCGGAUGUGCCGUUGACCUGCCGCGUGCCCACGGGCCCGCUGGUGCAAACCGUCCCGCAAUCGAAGGCGGACGACGCCGAAAACGAGGAGAUGAACACGAUCUCCGUGCUGAACAAUGACGGACCGUCGUAUACGCCCAUCACGUUUGCUCUGCAGGGGACCCUGCAAAGCAGCCACCUGCACAUCUGGACGGACAUGAACGUGCUGGUGCACAGCGUGGGGUCAAGCCCGCAAAGGGGGAAGAGAAGCAAGGCUCAAGCAGCGCCAGGAUACGUCGUCGCGGGAGCAGCAUAUUCUGUCCCAGAAUUCGACGCCUCGGUGUUCAAGAAGAAGGCCAGCGUCGAUGCGGAGACCGAAGCUGCGGCCGUUGCGGACGCGGCCCGCGAUCCCUGGACCUCCGGCCACGGCACCAAGGUGAUCCGCGGCGAACCCCUGACUCUUACCUUCCAUGUGAGCUGGUUGGAUGGUGGACGGGGUAUCGGCUGGCCGUCGCGCUCGGACUCUGCAGACGGCGCCUCGUCGGGCUUGCUCUCUCGCCUGUUCUUCUUCCUCCUGGCUGCCGGGGUGGGCGCCAUCGCUGCGCUCUACUGGGAACGCAACGGCGGGCGCGGCCGCGGCAGUGCCUGGCGCGGAGAGGGUAUCCUGGGCGCGCCGUCGGCUUGGGGCAAAACCAGUGGCGGGACCGGAGUCGGGAUGCCUGGCGUUUCGUACGGAAACGGGGGCAAGACCAACGGGUAUGGCGGCUAUACGGCCAGCGCUGGGGGCAACGGCUCGGCGGCGGGCGGGGGAUAUGGAUAUAGCGGGUACACCAGUGGCAAGAGGGAUUGA